AUGUCGUGCUACAAGAAUAACAAAAGAACAACGAACAGCUCAAACCAAUUCAAUUCCCAACCAUUUAGCAAUAUCGAAGAAUCAACUCAAAUUGUGACCUCAUCUAGAACUCAAAUCACAAAUCUUAGUCAAUUUCCCUCAAUGAUUCCCGAUCCGCCAUCAGCAUCUCCUUCUCAAAACGAGAAUUCAGAGCCAAUUCAGGAUUUGAAUCCGAUCCCGAACAAAAACUCACUGAAAAUUCCCAAAACAGCGGAAAAUGCAAAUCCCAAUUCUCUACAUCUCUCUCAAUCAAAAGGAAAAAAAAUUCAUCACAUAAAAAAAGUAGAUUCGAUUGCAUCUUCUUCAAAUAAAAAUUCAACACGUUAA